ACUCCAAUCAAUUCAAUCCCAAUCUCCCAGCGCAGCACCAAACCCACUUCCCUCUUGCUCCAUCUGUACCGAGACCAAAACAGAGAAACCACCUCGUCUCAGCUCAGAAACAACCAGAGGAGGAGCCAUGCCCAAGGUGCACCCCAACGCCGUCGCGCCGGAGCCCGCUGCAACCACCACCACCAGCCGUGCGGCCGAGGAAGAGCCGCCGCCGGCGCUGCUGACGGUGUGGCGCAAGUCGCUCCUCUUCAACUGCGACGGCUUCACCGUCUUCGACGCCAAGGGCAACCUCGCCUUCCGCGUCGACUGCUACGCCUCCGCCCGCCGCCGCGCCGAGGUCGUGCUCAUGGACGUCGCGGGCAAGCCGCUCCUCACCGUCCGCCGCAAGAGGCUCAGCCUAACAGACCACUGGGUCAUCUACGACGGCGACGGCACAGCCAGGCCGCUGCUCUCCGUCCGCCGCCACGUCAGCCUCCGAUCGUCCAGCAAGACGCUGGCGCACGUCACGCCCCUGGGCUCUGCUGCUGCCUCCGCCGCGGAGUACGUGGUGGAGGGGUCGUACGGGCGGCGGGCCUGCGCGGUGCGCGACGCGCGCGGGGACGCGGUGGCCGAGGUGCGCCGGAAGGAGUCGGUGGGCGACGACGUGUUCCGGCUGGUGGCGGACCCGCGCCUGGGCGAGCCGCUGGCCAUGGGGCUCGUCAUCGCCCUCGACGAGAUGUUCGGCGGCGGCCGUGGCUCGGCGCGGUCGCUGCUGCGCAGGACAUGGUCGGCGUAGUUAGGAGCGCAUGGGGGCUCAGGGCCACGACUAACGCUGAUUGUUAGCGGCAGCAUAGUUUUUAGCAUGCUGGCUGCAGCGGACUGCAGAGAGAGAGAGAGAGAGAGAGAGAGAGAGAGAGAGGUGUAUAGCUAGUAGCUAGCUAGUGUGCCGCAUCAGAGUUAUUCAGCAUAUGAAUGCGGUGCCCAAGCGUUUGUAGCUCUUGUCUGAAAACAAAUUGUAAAAUUGAUGCAAUAGACACAGCAAAACAUGAAUCGAUC